GUUACACUUAAGUGUGAGAGAAAUACGCAUAUGUUAGAAAUGCACCAAUAUUUGUGAUCACUUUUGAUAUUUAAGACAUUAGGGUUUAAGCUGUCUAUAACAGUAUUUAGAGAUGGCGAUCGCUGCCUGUCUGAUGACCAUGUGCAGCUUUAUAGUUGCCGCCAAUGCUAAGUUCGACCCAGUUGCUUUCACAGUGGCACAAUCUACAAAAUUGAGUUUUAAAAAUGAGACAACAGUUCCAUUUACACAUAUAACUACCAAUCACAUGCAACGUCAAGACAUAUCAGGAGGUGUGUUCACAUGCAAAGAUGGUGGAGUUUACAAAUGCCAAGUUUACUCUUUAGCUAGCCCGAACUUGAAAACAUUCCUCGAACUUUGGCAUAAUAGUCAGCGUGUUGCAUCUCUUUACGGCCACGUGUCUGGUCACAAUGGUGCAGGUGGAAACAGUGUGGUUCUUGAUCUAAAUGAAGGUGAUAUCGUUCAAGUAAAGACAAGAACAAAUUAUCAAGUGGAUAUAUUUGCGUAUACAAAUGAAAUUUAUAAUACUUUCACAUGUGUGCAAAUUGGCUCUGAGGCAAUAAGUAACAGCGACAAUGCUAUAUCAGCUUUCUCAGUGACAUCCGAUCGAAACCAAAAUGUUGUUGGAGGAGCAUCUGUUUUGUAUGAUACACAACUUGUAAACAUAAACAAAGGCUUUAACUUAGAUACAGGCGUUUAUAAGGCUCUUACUGCAGGCAUAUACAUCUUUCAUUUCUUCAGUCUCACCCAUCAAAACGAAGAGCUGUGGCAAGAUCUUUUUCAAAAUGACCAAUACAUAUGUUCCAUUAAAUGUGUUACCGACUUUGAUUGGACGGACGCAGGAAACACCGCUAUCCUACAUCUCAACGUCAACGAUACAAUAACCGUCAAAGCACAUGCCGGAAUUGAUAAUUUUUUGUUUGGAAAUCCUGACCAAAUAUUUACAACUUUCUCUGGUGUCCAAGUUAUCACUGACCUCGAUAUGUUGUCACCAGAAUCCUUCCCAGUUGUGGCGUUUUCUGUGGCUCUUGUCAAUAACAUAAGUGUAUCAUCAGGUUCCACUAUUUUAUACGAUCAUGUUUUCGUCAACUACAAAACUUCCUACAAUAUAUCCACCGGCCACUUUGUCGCACCAGCAAGUGGACUUUAUGAGUUCAACUAUCAUGGAAGAACAAUAAGAGACAGUGGUAUAAAGUUACGAUUGAUGCAAAAUCAAAAGUAUAUAAACAGCAUAUAUAAUGUGAUACCCGGUCAUCAUGCAACUGCCGGAAAUGCUGCUGUGUUGGAGCUAAAUGGGGGAGAUGUGGUUAGAAUCGAGUCACAAGGAUUUAAAAACAAACUUUAUGGAGAUCCAAGUGAAAUUUAUUGUACAUUUUCUGGAUAUUUGUUGCAUGCUAUUACACCCGCAGAAAUAAUUGGAAAAUAAAAUGGCAUCAAUUUGAAUGUGA